UGACACCGUCAUAUUCCACAAAGAAACCAAAAAGCUUCCAGAACCUUUCGGCGUUUCAAAGACCUCAAUAAUAUAUAUAUAUACACACACACACACACACACACGGAUAUAUAUUUAUAUAAGUAACAUCAACAAUCGGUCACCAGAUCUGUUCUGUUUGAUAAUCUAGCUAGGGAGAUAUUUGAAAACAGGAAGUUUUGGAGUGUACCAUGGAGGAGAAGCUGGUACAGAGGUUGGAGUCGGCGGUGGCGCGGCUGGAGGCGCUGUCAGUCGGCUUCGCUCCUGGACCUGGAGGUUCGCCGGAGAGUGGCGGAGAUGCGGCGGCGGCGUUGGAUCCGUCAAUCGUGGCAUUUGAGGAUAUGAUGGCGCAAUUCCUCGGUAGGGUUUCGAGUGCUGCGGAGAAGAUCGGAGGACAAGUUCUGGACGUGACUAAGGUUCUCCAAGAGGCGUUUUCUGUUCAGAAAAAGCUUCUCAUCAAGGUCAAGCAAACUCAGAAACCUGACAUGGCGGGGUUGGCUGAAUUUCUCAAGCCAUUGAAUGAAGUGAUUACCAAAGCCAUUGCAAUGACGGAAGGGAGGCGAUCUGAUUUCUUCAAUCACUUCAAGGCUACUGCUGACAGUCUCACGGCUCUAGCAUGGAUUGCAUAUACAGGCAAAGAUUGUGGUAUGAGCAUGCCCAUUGCGCAUGUGGAAGAAAGUUGGCAAAUGGCUGAAUUUUACAACAAUAAGAUUCUUGUAGGGUACAAAAAUAAAGACCCUAAUCAUGUGGAGUGGGCAAAAUCUCUGAAGGAGCUCUAUAUUCCUGGUUUGAGGGACUAUGUGAAGAGUCACUAUCCAUUGGGCCCUGUAUGGAGUUCCACAGGGAAAACCAUUGUGCCGGCUCAAUCAAAGGCUCCUAAACCAAGUGUUCCAGCUCCUCCAGCUCCUCCACCAACUUCACUCUUCAGCUCUGAAUCUCCCCAGCCUUCAUCAUCACGCCCGAAGGAAGGGAUGGCUGCUGUUUUUCAAGAAAUUGGUUCAGGGAAGCCAGUGACUGCAGGUUUGAGAAAGGUCACAGACGAUAUGAAAACAAAGAACCGUGCAGAUAGAACUGGCGUUGUCGGUACUAACGAAAAAGGUCGUGUCAGUUCACCCUCUUUCUCUAAAGCAGGACCUCCAAAGUUAGAGCUUCAAGUGGGUCGCAAAUGGGUCGUUGAGAAUCAAAUUGGGAGAAAAAAUUUAGUGAUUGAUGACUGUGAUGCAAAGCAGUCGGUAUAUAUUUUUGGAUGCAAAGAUUCGGUUUUACAGAUCCAAGGGAAAGUAAACAACAUAACAGUUGAUAAAUGCACCAAGAUGGGGGUUGUGUUCACGGAUGUUGUGGCUGCUUGUGAGAUUGUAAAUUGCAAUGGCGUUGAGGUGCAAUGCCAGGGUUCAGCUCCAACAAUUUCAAUAGACAACACAGCAGGUUGCCAACUAUAUUUAAGCAAAGAUUCUUUGGAGGCUUCUAUAACAACAGCGAAGUCCAGUGAAAUCAAUGUAUUGGUACCUAAUGCUGGGCCUGAUUCUGAUUGGGGGGAGCAUGCUUUGCCUCAGCAGUUUGUUCAUGCAUACAAGGAUGGCCACUUUGUUACAACUCCGGUCUCCCACUCUGGAGGGUAAUUGGAGAAAUUUUCCACAUGCAAUUGUUGUUGUGAGUUUAUUAACUUUUUUCUUUUUUUUUUUUUUUUUUUGUUUCCAUUAAUUCCUUGGAGGGUUUAGGGGUGGCUUCUCAAUUUUUCUUUCGAUUCCCAAAAAGAAAAAAAAAAGGAACAAUAGUCUGUUCAAAUAUGGGCAUUUAUAUUUGGUUUCCUCUUGUUGAUUGUUUUGACAAAACUAUUUUUAUCCGACUUACAGUUUUAAAUGAGGAGUUGUGUGGUAUUUGCAUCUACGUUUGUGCCAUUUGUAUGAAAUACUCUUGUAAAGAGUCACGCAUUGUUUUGUCAAUGUUGAAUGAACUUGUAUACUUAUUUGUUA